GGUCCUUACAUAUGUGUAACGUUAACGGUGGAAGCGGGUGGAAGUCGCUGCUGAAGUCACAAAGCUAACGACACAGAAGUGGAAGAUGUUCGCGUGCACUUCUCUUUCUAUCAGCUCUGUUGCUUUUCGCAACUGUAGGACAUUGGUGCUGGUGCGAUAUGCCCAGACAGCAGCUGCCCCUGCCCCAGAGCCAAAAAUAAAGAAAUUCCAGAUUUACAGAUGGGACCCUGACACAUCUGGUGACAAGCCCCGCAUGCAAACCUAUGAGGUUAAUUUGAACACAUGUGGUCCAAUGGUUCUUGAUGCCCUCAUCAAAAUUAAAAAUGAAAUGGACCCGACACUCACCUUCAGACGCUCAUGUAGAGAGGGUAUCUGUGGCUCAUGUGCUAUGAAUAUCAAUGGGGGCAACACUUUAGCCUGUUUAAACAAAAUAGAUACAAAUACCAGCAAAGUGACAAAGAUUUACCCUCUGCCUCACAUGUAUGUUGUGAAAGAUCUUGUGCCUGAUAUGAGCAACUUUUAUGCACAGUACAAGUCCAUUGAGCCCUUUCUAAAGAAGAAGGACGAGUCAAAGCAGGGGAAAGAGCAGUACCUCCAGUCAAUCGAGGACCGUGAAAAGCUGGAUGGCCUGUAUGAAUGCAUUCUGUGUGCUUGCUGCAGCACCAGUUGUCCUAGUUACUGGUGGAAUGGAGACAAGUACCUUGGUCCAGCUGUGCUCAUGCAGGCGUAUAGGUGGAUGAUUGAUUCUCGGGAUGACUUCACCGAAGAGCGUCUGUCCAAAUUACAGGAUCCUUUCUCCCUCUACCGCUGUCACACAAUAAUGAAUUGUACAAAGACAUGUCCAAAGGGACUCAAUCCCGGAAAGGCCAUAGCAGAGAUUAAGAAAAUGAUGGCGACUUACCAAGAAAAGAGAUCGCCUGCAGUCUGACUCGCACAUUCUGGAAAUAUAAUACUUAAUGAUUUAAAUUAUUGUGUAAAUGUGUAAAUCCAGUAUGGAGUUAUGCUAAUAUGGGAUAUUUAGUUUUUACUUUGUUUGAUAGUGGAGACCUAUAGUUACUGUUGAUGUAAAACAAAUU